GAUUUAGAUCUAAAUACAUACAACUCGUUCCCUAAAGUCUAUGUGAUCUACGUUUACAAGAAACGCCUGGCCUUUACGAUAAUUCUUCUAAGAUCUAGAUCUAAAUCUAGAUUUUUUGAUAUUCAUUCAAGCCUUAAACUACCCAACACUGAGCAUGCAAUUUGAUAUACGAAGGUUUGACAUCUACCGCAAGGUGCCUAAAGAUCUUACACAGCCUACCUUAACGGGAGCAUUAAUUUCAAUAUGCAGCUGUCUGUUUAUGACCUUUCUUUUUGUAUCAGAACUGAAAGAAUUUUUAACAGUAGAUGUGCAAAGUGUUUUGACUGUUGAGGACCCUGUGAAACACUCUGAGAAGAUACCAGUCUUCAUCAACAUCAGUUUGCCAAAUAUGCCUUGUGAAUACAUUGGUCUUGACAUCCAGGAUGACAUGGGUCGUCAUGAGGUUGGUUUCAGAGACAACACGCACAAAGAACCUUUGAAUGAUGGGAAAGGGUGCAGAUUUGAAUCUCAUUUUUUGAUAAACAAGGUACCUGGCAACUUCCACAUCUCGACACAUUCUGCUCACUCUCAACCCCAAGAUCCAGACAUGUCUCACAUUGUCCACAAACUCAGGUUUGGUAUGGAGCUGGAGACUGGCAAGAAUGUGAGAGGAUCUUUCAAUCCCUUGGAGAAUGUGGACAAGAGAACUGGUAACCCUUUGUCUACGCAUGAUUAUAUCCUACGAGUUGUGCCAUCUGUCUAUGAAGACAAACGAAACAACAUUCGCUACCCAUAUCAGUACACAUAUUCCUACAGGGAUCUGAUGCAAAUGGGGCAUGGAGGAGUCGUGAGUCCUGCCAUCUGGUUUCGCUAUGACUUAAGUCCAAUAACAGUUCGAUACACUGAGAAACAAAAACCUUUAUACACAUUUUUAGUUAUGAUCUGUGCUAUCAUUGGUGGAACCUUCACUGUGGCUGGCAUCAUUGAUGGUCUUAUCUUCUCCGCUUCCGAAAUCAUCAAAAAAGCAGAACUGGGGAAACUGAGCUGAUUUGUCCAUGGCAUUAUUUCUUUUGUUCACCUUCUCACUUUUCUAUUUAAUUAAUUGUGUUUUUAUGAGGACCAAUAUUAGAUCUUUUUUUUUUUUUGUUGUUGUAUUUUCUUUAUAGCAAGGAGCCAGUACACACACCAUAAAAAUUGUAAUGGAGCCGUAUGGCUUUAGUUUUGUUGUUACUUUAGUCAUAAAUAAAUUGUAUUCUAUCAUAUUUAUAAGCAUUGUUGGUUUCUCUGCUGAUAUAAAAAGAAAAUAUUUUUGUAUUAUUUACAUCAGAUAGCUUGUUACCUAGAUGUAUACUUGAUGUAUGGCCGUCAGAUUUUGAAAUGUUGAUGUCUAAGACAAAGAGGGUAAAAAAAGGUUUUCUUAUUUGUUGUACUACCUGUUUUUGUUAAGGUAGGUGUUUUGUGAAAAUUUCUCUGUUUAUGAAUUAUGUAUAGCUUAGAAGCAAGUAUUGAUAAUUAGCAGUUUUGUUUGGGAAUAUGGUAAAGCUCAGAAUCUAAGGGUGAUAGUUGGCAGCAAUUUUUAAAAAAAAUACACAAGUUUUAGCAUAAGGUUAAAAAGUUAAAUAUGUGGCAACAAUAAUCUUUGACUAGAGCACUUGGAGGAAAAUAUUUUUUAAAUCUUUUUUUUUAAUUACUUAAAGGAAAACUAAAUUUAAACUUCAUUUUUUUUAGCAAAAAAAAAAAUAUAUAUAUAUAUAUAUUGUCAGAUUAUAUUUUAAUUUUUAUUGAUUUAAAAAUAAAAAAUAUGUUAAUAUUGAGAGACUAAUGUUAUGUUGCUAUAAUCUGACUGCUUUGUGACACGGCAUAGGUUAAAUCUUAGUGUCGAUACAAAUCCAGAACUAUUUUUUUUUGUUUUUAAGCAACAUUUGCAGUCUCUUGUUGAACAGCUUCUGAAACAAAAUGUAGUGUCUUGAUGAACAGCUUCUGAAACAAUAUGUAGUGUCUUGUUCAACAGCUUCUGAAACAAUAUGUAGUGUCUUGUUCAACAGCUUCUGAAAUUUUAGUUUAAUAUUAAUUGUUUCUAUGUAAAAUAGGUGAUAGUUUUUAAUAUGUACUAACAGAUUGGAAUCAUGCUAUUUAGUCUGUUGCUCAUGUGGAUGUGAAAAGAUAUUUAAGUUACAGCUACCCACUGGAACCCCGUUAACAUCAUUCUCUAUAUAUAUAUAUAUUGUCAGAUUAUAUUUUAAUUUUUAUUGAUUUAAAAAUAAAAAAUAUGUUAAUAUUGAGAGACUAAUGUUAUGUUGCUAUAAUCUGACUGCUUUGUGACACGGCAUAGGUUAAAUCUUAGUGUCGAUACAAAUCCAGAACUAUUUUUUUUUGUUUUUAAGCAACAUUUGCAGUCUCUUGUUGAACAGCUUCUGAAACAAAAUGUAGUGUCUUGAUGAACAGCUUCUGAAACAAUAUGUAGUGUCUUGUUCAACAGCUUCUGAAACAAUAUGUAGUGUCUUGUUCAACAGCUUCUGAAAUUUUAGUUUAAUAUUAAUUGUUUCUAUGUAAAAUAGGUGAUAGUUUUUAAUAUGUACUAACAGAUUGGAAUCAUGCUAUUUAGUCUGUUGCUCAUGUGGAUGUGAAAAGAUAUUUAAGUUACAGCUACCCACUGGAACCCCGUUAACAUCAUUCUCUAUAUAUAUAUAUAUUGUCAGAUUAUAUUUUAAUUUUUAUUGAUUUAAAAAUAAAAAAUAUGUUAAUAUUGAGAGACUAAUGUUAUGUUGCUAUAAUCUGACUGCUUUGUGACACGGCAUAGGUUAAAUCUUAGUGUCGAUACAAAUCCAGAACUAUUUUUUUUUGUUUUUAAGCAACAUUUGCAGUCUCUUGUUGAACAGCUUCUGAAACAAAAUGUAGUGUCUUGAUGAACAGCUUCUGAAACAAUAUGUAGUGUCUUGUUCAACAGCUUCUGAAACAAUAUGUAGUGUCUUGUUCAACAGCUUCUGAAAUUUUAGUUUAAUAUUAAUUGUUUCUAUGUAAAAUAGGUGAUAGUUUUUAAUAUGUACUAACAGAUUGGAAUCAUGCUAUUUAGUCUGUUGCUCAUGUGGAUGUGAAAAGAUAUUUAAGUUACAGCUACCCACUGGAACCCCGUUAACAUCAUUCUCUAUAUAUAUAUAUAUUGUCAGAUUAUAUUUUAAUUUUUAUUGAUUUAAAAAUAAAAAAUAUGUUAAUAUUGAGAGACUAAUGUUAUGUUGCUAUAAUCUGACUGCUUUGUGACACGGCAUAGGUUAAAUCUUAGUGUCGAUACAAAUCCAGAACUAUUUUUUUUUGUUUUUAAGCAACAUUUGCAGUCUCUUGUUGAACAGCUUCUGAAACAAAAUGUAGUGUCUUGAUGAACAGCUUCUGAAACAAUAUGUAGUGUCUUGUUCAACAGCUUCUGAAACAAUAUGUAGUGUCUUGUUCAACAGCUUCUGAAAUUUUAGUUUAAUAUUAAUUGUUUCUAUGUAAAAUAGGUGAUAGUUUUUAAUAUGUACUAACAGAUUGGAAUCAUGCUAUUUAGUCUGUUGCUCAUGUGGAUGUGAAAAGAUAUUUAAGUUACAGCUACCCACUGGAACCCCGUUAACAUCAUUCUCUAUAUAUAUAUAUAUUGUCAGAUUAUAUUUUAAUUUUUAUUGAUUUAAAAAUAAAAAAUAUGUUAAUAUUGAGAGACUAAUGUUAUGUUGCUAUAAUCUGACUGCUUUGUGACACGGCAUAGGUUAAAUCUUAGUGUCGAUACAAAUCCAGAACUAUUUUUUUUUGUUUUUAAGCAACAUUUGCAGUCUCUUGUUGAACAGCUUCUGAAACAAAAUGUAGUGUCUUGAUGAACAGCUUCUGAAACAAUAUGUAGUGUCUUGUUCAACAGCUUCUGAAACAAUAUGUAGUGUCUUGUUCAACAGCUUCUGAAAUUUUAGUUUAAUAUUAAUUGUUUCUAUGUAAAAUAGGUGAUAGUUUUUAAUAUGUACUAACAGAUUGGAAUCAUGCUAUUUAGUCUGUUGCUCAUGUGGAUGUGAAAAGAUAUUUAAGUUACAGCUACCCACUGGAACCCCGUUAACAUCAUUCUCUAUAUAUAUAUAUAUUGUCAGAUUAUAUUUUAAUUUUUAUUGAUUUAAAAAUAAAAAAUAUGUUAAUAUUGAGAGACUAAUGUUAUGUUGCUAUAAUCUGACUGCUUUGUGACACGGCAUAGGUUAAAUCUUAGUGUCGAUACAAAUCCAGAACUAUUUUUUUUUGUUUUUAAGCAACAUUUGCAGUCUCUUGUUGAACAGCUUCUGAAACAAAAUGUAGUGUCUUGAUGAACAGCUUCUGAAACAAUAUGUAGUGUCUUGUUCAACAGCUUCUGAAACAAUAUGUAGUGUCUUGUUCAACAGCUUCUGAAAUUUUAGUUUAAUAUUAAUUGUUUCUAUGUAAAAUAGGUGAUAGUUUUUAAUAUGUACUAACAGAUUGGAAUCAUGCUAUUUAGUCUGUUGCUCAUGUGGAUGUGAAAAGAUAUUUAAGUUACAGCUACCCACUGGAACCCCGUUAACAUCAUUCUCUAUAUAUAUAUAUAUUGUCAGAUUAUAUUUUAAUUUUUAUUGAUUUAAAAAUAAAAAAUAUGUUAAUAUUGAGAGACUAAUGUUAUGUUGCUAUAAUCUGACUGCUUUGUGACACGGCAUAGGUUAAAUCUUAGUGUCGAUACAAAUCCAGAACUAUUUUUUUUUGUUUUUAAGCAACAUUUGCAGUCUCUUGUUGAACAGCUUCUGAAACAAAAUGUAGUGUCUUGAUGAACAGCUUCUGAAACAAUAUGUAGUGUCUUGUUCAACAGCUUCUGAAACAAUAUGUAGUGUCUUGUUCAACAGCUUCUGAAAUUUUAGUUUAAUAUUAAUUGUUUCUAUGUAAAAUAGGUGAUAGUUUUUAAUAUGUACUAACAGAUUGGAAUCAUGCUAUUUAGUCUGUUGCUCAUGUGGAUGUGAAAAGAUAUUUAAGUUACAGCUACCCACUGGAACCCCGUUAACAUCAUUCUCUAUAUAUAUAUAUAUUGUCAGAUUAUAUUUUAAUUUUUAUUGAUUUAAAAAUAAAAAAUAUGUUAAUAUUGAGAGACUAAUGUUAUGUUGCUAUAAUCUGACUGCUUUGUGACACGGCAUAGGUUAAAUCUUAGUGUCGAUACAAAUCCAGAACUAUUUUUUUUUGUUUUUAAGCAACAUUUGCAGUCUCUUGUUGAACAGCUUCUGAAACAAAAUGUAGUGUCUUGAUGAACAGCUUCUGAAACAAUAUGUAGUGUCUUGUUCAACAGCUUCUGAAACAAUAUGUAGUGUCUUGUUCAACAGCUUCUGAAAUUUUAGUUUAAUAUUAAUUGUUUCUAUGUAAAAUAGGUGAUAGUUUUUAAUAUGUACUAACAGAUUGGAAUCAUGCUAUUUAGUCUGUUGCUCAUGUGGAUGUGAAAAGAUAUUUAAGUUACAGCUACCCACUGGAACCCCGUUAACAUCAUUCUCUAUAUGCCAUUUGUAAAAUCUAUCUAUUAUUUCACCAGUAUUUCAUUAUCUACUGUACGCUCAAAAACUAUUUGUAAUUUUUUUUUACAAUAUAUUUUAUAAGUGCACUUUAUACUCUCAUUCUGUUUAUGUACAGACAACCUUGACCUUUCAUAAGAUGAUCUAUAAAUAAUGCAUCCACACUCUCUGUAGGCCUUUAGUUGUUACCCACAACAUAUUGAUUAAUGUGAUCGGACAACUUUUAGUAUGAGGUUUUUUUUGGUUUGAGAAAUUUCUUUAAAAAUUAUAAUCUAUUGUUAAGGUUAAGUACAUUAUGUCUUAGAUUAUUUUCUGUUUAAAUGCUAAAACUUAAAAUGAUCAUCAAGGAACCAGACUUCAAAGUCAAUUUAUAUAGCAAAUUAAAGUUAGAUCUAAAAAAAAUUCUCUCAUGCAUGAGUAGUAUUGAAUGUUGGUUACAAAUAGUGUACUUUCAGUAAGUAGUGUUAAAGAGAACUGAAUUCUGUUUUAUAUAUACUGUAGACUUCACCUUCACUUAUUCCUUAGUCUGUUGAAUGAUUGGGGUACCACACAUGAUCUGUCGGCUGUCUCUCUCCAUUCCUUUCUUUGCCUUGACUAGAAUGUUUUCAAUGACUGGUCCAUUCUUUGAUGUUGUCCUCCCAUCUCUUAUCUUAUCUUAUCUUAUAUAAUAUAGACGUUACUUCAAAAAAGAAGAUGCCUGCCUCUUCUUCUUUUCCCUGGGACUAUUCCCUGCAGAAAUUGUUUUAAUUUUUAGAAAAAUCUUUUCCUUUUUAUUUGAUAAAAAUGUAAAGUUUUUUCUAAUCAAAGAAAUAAUGUGUUGCUGCUUUUUAGUCAUGAGGCUUGGGUUUAGAUCAUGUCUGCUGCAAGAUAUAAAUACUAUUUAUAUAUACUGAACCUGAGAAAAGUGGUUCUCUAGGCUUCCUGUCUAUCAUUCAACAGUCAAUGUUGACCUUAUCUUUAACAUGAUCUUAGUUCAAGUUCAAGCCAUAGAAUAAUUUCUUUUGUCUCUUGGCUAAUCUUCUUCAUUAGUUUUAAUGGCACAAAUUUAUCUAUUCAAUUCUAGCUUGACUCUCGCAAUGAAAUGGUAAUUUUUUAUAUCUGCAUUAGUUUACUAAGGACUGUAUGCCACUGGCUAUUGUCAAGUUCAUAUUUCUAGACUAAGUUUGGAAAGUGAACUAAAUUGGUUGUGUUCAGAAAUAUUGUGACAGAUAGCUUAAAAAAUGUCAAGUACAUUAUUGUUUUAAAAAGAAUUGUUUCAAUAGUGAAAUAAAUCUUGUCUUCUGCUCUAAACCUUUUUUCCCCCUCUUUUCAUUCAAUUUUUUAACAUUUUUUUUUUCUUCUUAGUUUUCUUUUUAUCCUCCCUUUUAUCUCCCUUUAAGUCCUGCUUAAAACGCAUUUAUUUGUUUAUCUCCCUUUUAAUCCUGGUUUAUGUUGUAUUCAUUGUGAUAGGGAUUUCUUCCAAGUUGUUUUGACAUUUUCAUAUAUAAUUAUGUUUUGUGACUAUAGGACCAUCUGACUACAGACGUGUAUUAUCUGAGGCCAAUCUUUAUGUGCCAAUGGGUUAUGAACAAUAAGUUACAGCGUUCGUUCAUUUUGAAAUUUCAUUAGAGGUAUAUUUCAGCCAAACCUGAUAUUCCAAUUACGUUUUACACCCAUGACCUUUGAAAGAGAAUAAGAAAUGAAGAAACUCCUUAAAGUAAACAAUCUCUUCAACUGUCAAUGUAUUUGACCUAUUUUUUUUUUUUCAUUAUUUUGAUAUGGAUAUAGAUAAAUCUUAUUAAAUAUAAAAAAAAAUAAGACAAGACUCUUUUUUUGUCAAGUAAUGAGAUAAUCAAAACAAUAGCUAUCAGUCAGUUUUAUCUUUUUUUAUAUUUUCAUUUUGACAUUAUACACUGACCUAUAUGUCGAUGUUGUAAUUUUACCCCUAAACUUAUUGCUAUACAAAAAAAAUGCUCUUUUAUGUUUUUUGAUGUUUGGAUAAGGAUUUUUUUUGUGUUUUGGGGAUUAUUUUAUGUAGGCUGCUUGCAUUGUUCUUGUUUUUCAACUAUUUUUAAUGGGCUAAUUUUCAAUUAUGGAAUUUGAUCUGACCAACUAAUGCCAGGGGUGCUUCAAUUCUAAUAUUAGAUAUCAAAUGUUGGAUUAACCAUUUUUUAACAAAUUUAAAAUUUCAAAGAUACAGGACACUUUUAAUGUAGUUUUAAAUGUGUGAAUGUGACCUUCUGAAAUGUAUUGUAACCAGGUGACUACACAAAUGUUCUGUAAAUGAUAGCAUAAUGGCGUUAUGAGCUAAUGAAGUACAAUGUGACAGAGUUUGAGCCAAUAUGACAGUUCAACACUUUGGAUACAAACAGUGAGAAAGUUCUAAAUACGAAUACAUUUUGAAUCAUUGAGAUGAAAUGAAUAGAUUAAAAAACAUGCAAGUUGGCCCUUUUUUUUCCAAAACAUGCUGGAUCACAUUAAACACUGGCACUUAGCAAAAGUAAUUUGUUUGGCUUUUUCUUUUAUCUCUACAAAUUUUGCACAAAGCAUCUUAAUAUAGUUUUUGAAAGUGUGCCAAAAUAUUGCUUGAUCUUAAAAUGAAUGCAUCAAAAUAGUAAUAAAAAUGGAGGCAAAUUAUGAUUAGACAUUUUAGUCCCAAGGGUAUUGCUAAAUUAGCUGGCCAAUUUAUAAUGUUUUUUUUUGGUCAUAUUAUGAGAAAAUGUAAGUUAAAGAAACUUUUUGGUUUGGGGUUUGUACAUUCCAACCUAGCUUUGCGUUUCAACAUUUUGUUAAAUAAUAAAGUGCAAGUUUGUUACAUUU